CUAAGCUAAGAAGAAGAUGAAGAUGGGUAUCGGAAGGUUUAGUGUGAGUUUGAUGUUUCUAUGUAUCUUCUUCAUCAGUGGUUCUUUGUCGAAGCUUCAAAGAUUGAAACAUCCGGUGACCAAAUCUGAUGGCUCUCUUAGUUUUCUGGUCGUUGGAGAUUGGGGACGCCAAGGAGAGUUUAAUCAAUCCAUCGUUGCUCAUCAGAUGGGAAUAGUGGGAGAGCAAUUAGACAUAGAUUUUGUGAUAUCAGUAGGAGAUAAUUUCUACGAAGACGGAUUGAAAGGAGAGACUGAUCCUGCCUUUGAAGCCUCUUUCUCUCAUAUCUACACUCAUCCUAGUCUCCAAAAACAUUGGUAUGCAGUUUUGGGUAACCAUGACUACAGAGGUAAUGUUGAAGCACAACUAAGUCACGUUCUCACCCAAAAAGAUUGGAGAUGGUUUUGUCGUAGAUCUUUCGUCUUAUCCUCAGGAAUGGUGGAGUUUUUCUUCGUGGACACAAAUCCAUUUGUAGAAAAGUACUUCACUGAUCCAGGAAACCACACUUACGAUUGGAGUAAUGUCUUACCCAGAGAUAGAUACAUCUCAAACCUCCUACAUGAUUUAGAUUUAGCGAUUAAAAAGUCGCGUGCUACAUGGAAAUUUGUAGUAGGACAUCACGGGAUCAAAACCGCAGGUCACCACGGUGUUACUCAAGAGCUCAUAGAUCAACUUCUUCCAGUUCUAGAGGAGAACAAAGUGGACUUGUACAUAAACGGACAUGAUCACUGCUUGCAACACAUUGGCACUGACGGUGAAACUCAAUUCCUGACAAGUGGAGGAGGAUCAAAGGCAUGGAGAGGAGAUGUUCAGCCAUGGGAUCCAAAAGAACUCAAACUUUAUUACGAUGGACAAGGAUUCAUGUCUCUUCACGUCACUCGCUCCCAAGUUAACUUCGUCUACUAUGAUGUUUUCGGCAAUGUUCUUCACCAAUCUUCAUUGUCCAAAAGAUCUCUUCUCCUUUAAAUAAUGUUUUGAAUUAAUUUCUAUAUACUGUUUAUUUAUAAAAGAUCUAUCGAUGUAAUGCUAUAUAUUGAACACAAUAUGUGUGUAAGAGUGAGCAGUUUCUCAUAGUAUCUUUCUCUUGUAAA